GCUACGAUGGUUACGGCGUUGAUGCUCACCUUGUGUCUGUAUGAGAUGAAGAAGCUUGGACGUGAUCUGCCGGCUCGUUUCGGGAUCUCUCACCAUGGAGUCGCCGGUCAUCUUCUCCAGUUGGGCCAGUAGUAUCUGCACCUUGGAGGUACUGGGAACACUGACAGUCGUCAUGGUGAUGAAAUCAUCAGUAGAGGAGGACGAUGCCGGCUGGGGUCUGGGCAUGCCAGAAAAGAUGAAGAACAACGCCAACUGGGUGGAUAUUACACAUGAUUUCAAGAGCUCUUGCAAAGAAUUGAACCUUGGAGAGCUGCUUCAUGACAAGCUGUUCGGCUUGUUUGAGGCCAUGUCGGCCAUCGAAAUGAUGGACCCGAAGAUGGAUGCAGGAAUGAUUGGGAACCAAGUCAACAGGAAAGUGCUCAACUUUGACCAAGCUAUCAAGGAACACGCCAUCAAGGUGAGAGAUCUUAGUCUUCCUGAACUCAUCGGGAUUAUCGACACAUGUUUCUGCUGUUUGAUCACAUGGCUGGAGGGCCACUCCCUUGCGCAGACGGUGUUCACCUGCCUGUACGUCCAUAACCCUGACCUGAUCGAGGAGCCCGCCCUCAAAGCCUUCGCCUUGGGCAUACUGAAGAUUUGUGACAUUGCACGUGAAAAAGUCAACAAGGCUGCUGUGUUUGAGGAGGAGGACUUUCAAGCCAUGACCUAUGGCUUUAGGAUGGCCAACAAUGUCACAGACCUGAGGGUGACAGGUAUGCUGAAAGAUGUGGAGGAUGAGUUGCAGAGAAAAGUAAAGAGCACACGCAGUCGUCAGGGAGAACAACGAGACCCAGAGGUGGAGCGGGAGCACCAGCAAUACUUGGCACUUUUUAAUCGCAUCAAGUUCACACGCCUUCUCCUGACUGCACUCAUUGCCUUCACAAAGAAAGAGACCAGCUCCGUGGCUGAGGCCCAGAAGCUUGUUGCCCAGGCAGCGGACCUUCUAUCAGCCAUUCAUUCUAGUGUCCAGCAUGGCAUCCAAUCACAGAACGACACCACCAAAGGAGAUCACCCCAUCAUGAUGGGCUUUGAGCCCCUGGUCAACCAGCGACUGCUGCCACCCACCUUUCCUCGUUACGCCAAGAUCAUCAAGAGGGAGGACAUGGUGGCUUACUUCGCCAAGCUCAUCGAGCGCAUCAAGACCGUCUGUGAUGUCAUCAACACCACCAACCUGCACGGCAUUUUGGACUUCUUUUGUGAGUUCAGCGAGCAGUCUCCAUGUGUGCUGUCCAGAUCUCUGCUUCAGACCACCUUCUUGAUAGACAAUAAGAAAGUGUUUGGCACACAUUUGAUGCAGGACAUGAUCAAAGACGCCCUCAGAUACUUUGUCAGUCCACCCGUCCUUUCCUACAAGUGUUGCCUGUUCAACAACCACCAAGCCAAGGACUACGUGGACUCCUUUGUCACGCACUGUUCAAGGCCAUUCUGCAGCCUCAUCCAGAUCCACGGACACAACCGAGCUCGGCAGAGAGAUAAGCUGGGCCACAUUCUCGAGGAGUUUGCCACGCUUCAGGAUGAGGCGGAGAAGGUGGACGCGGCGCUGCACAGCUUGCUGAUGAAGCUGGAACCUCAGCGGCAACAUCUGGCUUGUCUGGGGACAUGGAUCCUCUACCACAACCUGAGGAUCAUGAUCCAGUACCUGCUGAGCGGCUUUGAGCUGGAGCUGUACAGCAUGCAUGAGUACUACUACAUCUACUGGUAUCUGUCAGAGUUCCUCUACGCAUGGCUGAUGUCCACGCUGAGCAGAGCAGACGCUUCUCAGAUGGCAGAGGAGAGGAUCCUGGAGGAGCAGCUGAAAGUACGCAGCAGUAAGAAGACCAAGAAAAAGAAGAAAGUUCGUCCCCUCAGCAAAGAGAUCACCAUGAGUCAAGCCUACCAGAACAUGUGUGCUGGCAUGUACAAGACCAUGGUGGCGCUGGACAUGGACGGCAAGGUGCGCAAGCCUCAGUUUGAGCUGGACAGCGAGCAGGUCCGCUACGAGCACCGCUUCGCCCCCUUCAGCAGCGUGGUCACGCCUCCUCCCGUUCACUACAUACAGUUCAAGGAAAUGUCCGACCUGAAGAAGUACAAUCCUCCACCAGGCUCGGCUGACCUUUACCUGGCAGCCAGCAAACACUUCCAGCAGGCCAAACUCAUCCUAGAAAACGUGCCCAGCCCCGACCCCGAGGUGAAUCGUAUACUGAAAGUGGCCAAACCAAACAUUGUGGUGAUGAAGCUCCUGGCUGGAGGACACAAGAAAGAGACAAGGCGACUGAAUCAUACGUCUGCACUACCAGGUACUGCCGGAGUUUGACUUCACGGCUCACAGGUAUUUCCCUGUGGUCAAGAUCAUUUGAUCAUUGAAGGUCAUGUGAUCACAACACUCAACAUGUCAUCACCAGCUGUGGUUCUGAUCAUGUCUCAAUAACAUGUCUUUUGUUUGUGAUGCAAUUGUAAAGUGAUGGUUUGACUAUAUGUGUGCGUGUGUGUGCGCGUGUGUACGUGUGCGUGUGGCCAAUGGAAGCUGCUUCCAGAAGCGUCUGUGCAUGUCUCAAUUGUAAUAAAAAAAAAAAAAAAC